AUGUCGGGUACCGCUCAUGACCCUCGCCUUCUCUACAGCGUCAACAACAUAACUGCUUUCCAUAUCCAAAAUGGCGAGGAAUCCGAGCUCACCCCAUCGGGGCCUCAAACCCUUUCCCUUUUAAUGGUUCCGACAAGUGCAUCUACACCUCAGAGCUCUAAUGAUGCACCAGCAGAAGAAGAUUUCUAUCUUCAUCUUCAUCUCCCUCCAGAGUUGGAUCUGGCACUUCCGGCCUCUACGCAGAUCUAUCACCAGCCGCCGAACAGCUAUUUGAUACCCCGCUGGGAUUUGGGACCAGAUGCAGGCGCGUUCAUUCGCAUACAAUUUCCGGCCAUUGGGAGCGGCCCUGAUAAGGUAUCUCAGGAAGAUGUGGAUACUUUUGAAACGAUUCUGGCACAAUGUACCGCAUUCCUGGAGCGUGCAGCCCCACCGAAAGAGCAUGCUCCGUACAACCCAGCAGAUUUUGCGCCAGGUGCAGGUUAUGUCUCGCCCACGAGUUCUGAUCAGAAGGACCCUCAUGGGCGGAUAGUGCUCGUUGAUGAAGAGGAUGGCAGUGUUGUUGGUGAAAUGGAAGGGUAUGAUGUGGUUGAGAAACCUGGCGUAAAGCCUGGCUCUAAGAGGCCGGUGGAGGUAGAACUUCCUGCGGAAGGUGAAGGCAACAAAGUCAGCGUUAGUAACGUGUCUGAGGAAUACUUGCAGAUGGCCCGGCACCCUGCAUUUAAGAACUCAACACUGGUUCAAACUUCUGCUACGGCCUCUCGUCUGAUCGUGACUGGCUCUUCAUAUGUUGCCAAUAUGAUGACUAGUGGGGCUGAAACCUUUACCAAGAAGACCAAACCUAACCCUAAGCCAAUGACCUUCUCUGAGGCAACUCACUCAAGGGUUCGUAAGGUUGGGAAUUUCACCCAUGGUGCCGCCGGCCUCUCAGCCAAGACCGUUGGCCAGCGCAAGGGCGACAAGGGAGUGAAUGGCGACUACAAGCCGGGCAUACUAAACAAAUCAAUGAUCGCAUUCUCGACACUGGCAGACGGUAUUGAGCAGAGUGCCCGCACCGUACUAACCCAUGGCUCUGCUGCUGCCAGUACGAUGAUCGGGCAUCGGUACGGAGCUGAGGCCGGCACUGUGGCGAGCGAUUUGACGGGGGGCGUGAAGAAUGUGGGACUAGUCUACAUCGAUGUCACGGGGGUCAGCCGUAAGGCUGUCCUCAACGGUGACGGCGGAGAUGUACCCCCGGCUGCAGGAGGUCGGAGCAAUAGAACCUCAGGAUCAGGUGGACGUGAUGCCGUUGCAAGACGCCCAUCCCCGACCCCUACACCGCCGCCCGCCUAUGGUGCCCCUAACACAACGUCGCUCGGUGGCAUAGGCAUGUCAAGGGGCAAAAACUGA